UUCUAUUCUGGCUGGGAAGGCUGGGGCUCCUCUCAGCCAGGAGACUGAAGUGCUUCAGUGAGCGCUGGCUCAUCGCCGCCCAGCCUCUCCCAGGGAGCCUCCUAGCUCUAGUAAAGCAACCCAGAGCCAGGAGCAGUGUGCAGGGUGGAAAGGUCUAGCCUAGCUGGUGUGUUUCUGAUCUUGCUUCUUUUCUCUCAGCCCUUCCUACUUGUGCGAGCCAUGAAGCAAAGAGGUUGGACUCUGCAGUGUACUGCUUUCACCCUCUUUUGCGUUUGGUGUGCACUGAACAGUGUAAAAGCGAAGAGGCAGUUUGUCAAUGAAUGGGCGGCGGAGAUACAUGGAGGGCCAGAAGCUGCUUCUGCCAUUGCCGAAGAGCUGGGCUAUGACCUCUUGGGUCAGAUUGGAUCACUUGAAAAUCACUAUUUAUUCAAACACAAAAAUCAUCCUCGAAGAUCCCGAAGAAGUGCUCUUCAUAUCACUAAGAGGUUAUCUGAUGAUGAUCGUGUGAUAUGGGCGGAACAACAAUAUGAAAAAGAGAGAAGAAAACGUUCAGUUCCAAGAGACUCAGCAUUGAAUCUCUUCAAUGAUCCAAUGUGGAAUCAGCAGUGGUACUUGCAAGACACCAGAAUGACUGCAUCUCUGCCCAAGCUGGACUUGCAUGUAAUACCUGUUUGGCAAAAGGGUAUUACUGGCAAAGGAGUUGUUAUUACUGUACUGGACGAUGGCUUGGAGUGGAAUCACACAGAUAUUUAUGCCAAUUAUGACCCAGAGGCUAGCUAUGAUUUUAAUGAUAAUGAUCAUGAUCCAUUUCCCCGAUAUGAUCCCACAAAUGAAAACAAACAUGGAACAAGAUGUGCAGGAGAAAUUGCCAUGCAAGCAAAUAAUCACAAAUGUGGAGUUGGAGUUGCAUAUAAUUCCAAAGUUGGAGGCAUAAGAAUGCUGGAUGGCAUUGUAACUGAUGCCAUUGAGGCUAGUUCAAUUGGAUUCAACCCUGGCCAUGUGGAUAUUUACAGUGCAAGCUGGGGCCCUAAUGAUGAUGGAAAAACUGUGGAGGGGCCUGGCAGACUAGCCCAGAAGGCAUUUGAAUACGGUGUCAAACAGGGGAGACAAGGAAAAGGCUCCAUUUUUGUCUGGGCUUCAGGGAAUGGGGGUCGUCAAGGAGAUAACUGUGACUGUGAUGGCUACACAGACAGCAUUUACACCAUCUCUAUCAGCAGUGCCUCCCAGCAGGGCCUGUCACCCUGGUAUGCAGAGAAGUGUUCCUCCACACUGGCCACCUCCUACAGCAGUGGUGAUUACACAGACCAACGAAUAACUAGUGCGGACCUGCACAAUGACUGCACAGAGACCCACACAGGCACCUCAGCUUCUGCACCUCUGGCUGCUGGCAUCUUUGCUCUAGCCUUGGAAGCAAACCCAAAUCUCACCUGGCGAGAUAUGCAGCAUCUGGUUGUCUGGACCUCUGAGUAUGACCCAUUGGCCAAUAACCCAGGUUGGAAAAAGAAUGGAGCGGGCUUGAUGGUGAACAGCCGAUUUGGAUUUGGCUUGCUAAAUGCCAAAGCUCUGGUGGAUUUGGCUGAUCCUAGAACUUGGAGAAACGUGCCUGAGAAGAAAGAAUGUAUCAUAAAAGACAACAACUUUGAGCCUAGAGCCCUGAAAGCUAAUGGAGAAGUGAUUGUUGAAAUCCCUACAAGAGCUUGUGAAGGACAAGAAAAUGCUAUCAAUUCCCUGGAACAUGUGCAAUUUGAAGCAACAAUCGAAUAUUCUCGUAGAGGAGACCUUCAUGUCACACUUACCUCUGCUGCUGGAACCAGCACCGUACUGUUGGCUGAAAGGGAAAGGGAUACAUCCCCCAAUGGCUUUAAGAAUUGGGACUUCAUGUCUGUUCAUACAUGGGGAGAGAAUCCUGUAGGCACCUGGACAUUGAAAGUUACAGACAUGUCUGGAAGAAUGCAAAAUGAAGGAAGGAUUGUGAACUGGAAGUUGAUUUUGCAUGGCACAUCUUCUCAGCCAGAACACAUGAAGCAGCCUCGUGUAUACACGUCCUACAAUACUGUCCAGAAUGACAGGAGAGGAGUGGAAAAGAUGGUGAAUGUUGUGGAGGAGAAGCCCACACAAAACAGCCUGAAUGGCAAUCUCCUGGUACCCAAAAACUCCAGCAGCAGCAGUGUGGAAGACAGAAGAGAUGAGCAGGUACAAGGAGCUCCUUCAAAGGCCAUGCUACGGCUCCUACAAAGUGCUUUCAGCAAGAACACACCUUCAAAGCAAUCAUCAAAGAUUCCAAGUGCUAAGCUCAGUGUCCCUUAUGAGGGUCUCUAUGAAGCCCUGGAAAAGCUCAACAAGCCCUCCCAGCUUGAAGACUCUGAAGACAGUCUGUAUAGCGACUAUGUUGAUGUUUUCUAUAACACAAAACCUUAUAAGCAUAGAGAUGACAGGCUGCUGCAAGCACUCAUGGACAUUCUGAAUGAGAAGAAUUAAAAUAAGUGUAUAUGGCCUGAGUUAGAAAUCCUUAUGUACCCUCCUUUUCCUUAGAUGUUCCUGGGUCUGGAGUUGUUGUAUCCCUGCUUCCUGUGAUUAUAAUGUCCUUCAUUGUAAUUUUACUUUUUCUUCUCAAACUGUACUUUUGGAGUGAGUUCCAAAAUGAAAGCCAACUUCAUAAUUGGUCUCAGUGUUUAAGAAUAUGUCUUCCCUGUCUAUACAAGUGAAGCAACUUCUUUCUAAAGUCGCUGUUGGGACACAACCCUUUGCUGCAGUAGAACAGCUCCUAAAGCCUCCCCAUUUCAUAUCUCACAAGAAUAGGAAAAGAGUGGGAGAUUUAGAAAAGUAAUCAACAAUGGUAGUUUGAGGGCUACAGCUUAUCUUGUUUCCUAUUUUUGCAAUGGGGUUCUUUGAAUUUUGAUAACAAGGAAGCAUUUAUAAAGUAUCUAGUGAGAAAGUUCACAACUAGGUUCAGAUCAUAAGUAACAUGUAUUACUAAUGCUGAGACUGAUAAACUGACCAUUUUGGAGGAGCUGGAAUAAAAUGCUUUAUUUAAAUUCAGAAACAGAGCUUAAGAUUUUUAUUAGCUAGAAUAGUUGCUCUCAAUUGGUGUACCAUGUAGAGGUCUCUGUGGGUCGAAAGUUGGCUGUGACCCUUGCUGUAUGAGACCUGGCUUUCUAUUUCCCCCUUUGUGCCUUGUAUGUUUCUUUUUUGUGUGGCAAACUCAAAAUUCAAAGAAAGAACUAAUUCAUGUGAUUUUCUCAAAACAAAGUUAUACUUCAUUUUGGCAAAUUCCUAGUCAUAAUUUUGUUUAAUAACAAGGAGUCACUCAAAAAUAUAGAAAGCCAAUAUAAUAACAGGGAAAAUGUUCACAAAGCAGAGAAGCAGCAAGACUCCCUUUGCAAGCUGUAUUCCUAGGACAGCUUCUUUUGGUUCUCUAUAUGAAUGGUCAUUUCUGGACACCACAGGUCUUCUGUAGUCUCAGAGAACAGUAUUCAAAUUCUUAACAAAAUGCUUCCAUGUUUCAAAUCAAAAACAGGUAGACAACACUUAGGUCUUAUUUUUAUUCUCUGUAAGUUAUGAAGAAUAUUUCAGAAGUGUGAAAGACUGAUGAAAGUGUGAAGUGUAGAUCUCAUAUAAAACCCGAUUCUCGGACCCAUCUUCCAUCACAGCAACAGCUAGCUAGAGAUAGCAACUUCCAAGUAAAAUUUAAAGUCAAGCCUUCCCUGGUCCAUAUAUUUUUUUGUUUUACAAUAGCCAGUUAAUUGGUUACUACUCAGCAUCCAAGCCAUUUAUUCCUUUUUAAUUAUCAUCUAUUAGUUGCAGGGAGUCAGAUUUCAUUUUGACAUUCUCAUACACGUAUUUCAUGAUUUGUACAAUGUCCAUCCCGCAUCAGCAUCUCUUCUGUCUCUCCUUGCUUGUCCUCUUGCUCUUCUAAGUAUUCCCACUUCCACUUUCAGGACUUUUUAUCUAACUCAGAUUCCACAUAUAAGAGAAAAUGUGAUGUUUGUCUUUCUAUGCAUGUAACUUUGCCUACUCAUAUACUAAGUGAAUCUAUAUCGGUGUAAAUACAUUAGGAAAAGUAUUUCCUGCAAUUAUUUCCAAGCAGUCUUUGCCGUUAAUAAUUGAAUUUGAUAUGAGCUAGUUAAAUUGUUGCAUUUAUAAGUAAAACAGUGAGUACUUCGGACCCACAAAAUACCUCUAAAGUCUCCUUUAAUAUGAACACUUGAUCUUAUCUCACCUGGAUGUUCAAAUGUACUAUUCAUUAACUAGAGAUUUCCUUCUCUUAAUAUGCCAACAUACACUCUAGUUAACUCUCUGCCUGUGUUGUCCAACUGAGUUUCUGUUUGCAAAUGUCCUACACAGUCUACAUCCACUGCUAAGACAGCUAAUUUGUCUUUGCUUUGAGUGAGAUUAGUAGCACAAAUUUUCACCUCCUGUUUCAUCAUUUGCAUUUGUACAUAACAAAGCCCUUUCCAGAGCCUUGCCCUUGAUCCCUCUGAUUUUGAAGGUUUUGCAAUGUGUUUACUAUAAGGUUUAAAUAAAAUGUUUACUAUUAUAGCACAUUACAACUGAAAAGGACUUAAGAGUUAAAACAUUAAAUUUCAGCUACUUAGAAAAGACCUAAAGAAUAAUAUCAGUAACUGACAAUUAAUAUGUGAUUUUAAAAAACGAAAGAGUGGGAGGUCAACCCCACCCUUUCUGGUCCUUAUUCUAACUUAUGGAGAUUUUUCUUCAGCACUUUCUAAUAUAUAUUUCCCCUCUAAGAACCCUAACCAAUUCAUGGGCUAUAGCCAAAUAUUCACUUGGGUAAGCUUUAAUAUUUAGACAAUACCAUGUUUGAAUGUUUCCAACCUGGAGUAUAUAUUGUCUACACAUAAAAAGAAUAUUUUUGUCAGCCUUUCUUAGUGCCUAUGUGGAUUUUUGUGAAAAUGUUAAAAAAGGAUAAUUAUAUAAUAUUUCCCUUGGAAUAUUAAGCUAUAUUUUCUUUACAAGUAUUUGUAAUGUACCAAUGCUUUUAACAACAGAAUUUUAAAAAGCAUAAUAAAUUAUAUUAAAGAAUCAAAA